GGAAGGCAAAGCUGGCAUUGAGGGCUUUGAAAGCUGUAGUAAGGAUACAAGCCAUUUUCUGUGGCAGACAAGUGAGAAAGCAAGCUGCCCGGACACUAAGGUCUAUGAAGGCUCUUGUUCGAGCUCAAGCCCGAAUUAGAUCUCAAUCUGGUCAAUCACCUGUUCAUACAUCUAUUGAUCCAAUCAGGCAGGCGGAGAAACACUGGUGUAAUAGGCGUGGAACAGUAGAGGAAUUAAACUCUAAGUUACAAAUGAAGCAAGAUGGGAUUUUCAGAAGGGAGAGGGCAAUGUCAUAUGCCAUUUCUCAAGUGAGUAUCACGUAGCCUGUUUCAUCUGAACCGGCCAACGUAGCUCUCUUGAUGACCGACGGAUCUCCAGUUAUUUUGAGAUGGCUUGUGACAGCUGAGGCGAGAUGGUCCGAGCGGUUAUUAGAUUGAAUCACCGGACAAGCAGGGUGCAGGCCGGCGAUAUUGAAGUCCGAUCAUCUGGCUUUUGGCGUUGAUAUGCAUCGCAGGAACUAUUUUGAUUUGUCUGCUGUGGCAAUACAACUUCAACAUUUGGAUGAUCUCCUUUUGGAAACUCUCUGCAAAGUUCAUGCAUUUAGUAUAUAGUCACGUAGUCGCUUGAUCGCUUGCUCUUCACUGGAUAGAAAUGGUACAAGUCACAACUCAGCUCCGCUCUCAAUGAAAGCACCAUUUGAUGGAACAAAUUGUCCCGAUCGAGUAAAUAAAGAAAUUAGAGCGGACAGAGUAUUUUAUCGUGGAAACCAAAUCGGUGAAAACCACGGGCCUUUUUGGGCGGUACCAUGCCAACGGGAGCCGGGAGCUUUUAUUAUAUUCAUGGUGGGGGAGGUUACAUGUACAAAGCAUAUGGAGCUUCUAGGGAAGCCAUUAAUGGAGACAUGAGCUAGGAAGAAGAAAUACAUGUGUGUAAGAGAAGAGUAGGAAAUGAAAGGAAUAUGGUAAGUGGGAUUGUAGGCAAAAUGUCUCCCCCCCCCCCCCUCCUUUAGCCUGUAGCUAACCCUUAAGUAGCCCAAUAUGUUCAAGUGGGUAGCAUAUAGGAACUUUCCUCACUAGUACACAUAUGUCACACUCAAAUAAUUAAAGGUAUGGUGUGGGCUUGAUUGUGUUUUCCGAUCAUUUGUCUGAAUAUGUUACUAUCUUCUGUAUAUCCAGUUCUCGAUAAGACCUUAUAUACGG